CCGCCUUCCCAACACACCACAUCCGGGUUGGAAAUUUGUUUUUGCAGAUAGCGGAUGUCAGACUUCGCUGGACAAACACAACGGUUUCUUCUAGUUACGUGGCGUAACGCUGGACUGCUUUCUUCUAGGGAAACUGCGUAUAAGAUCUGCGUCAUAGUAUAUUAACAUUAUUGGUCUCGUCAGCAGGGUGUAGCUUAUCUUAAAGGGAAAGCUAUUGCUAACGACAGCUAGCUAGCAGGCUAACAAAGCAGGUUUUCACGAUGAGAGCCCAUUAACCAGCUGCCGUGCCGAGCAGUUCACUGUGUUUCAGCCCUACCAGCGCGUCGUUCACGUCCACAGACAUUGUUCAUGUUGCGUAACUGACAGCACCUCGGACCUACGACAUGGGUUAGCCGGCUGUUGUCUCGCACUUCCCUCGAUGUUAUUGAUCACCCUUGCUGCCAGUUACAGCCGCUUGACGGUCAGUCAUCAGAGCCCUUCGUCAGUGUUUGAGGCUCUCGUCGCUACGCAGUCCUGACUGAUCGGAGACCCUCCGGAGGUCUGAUGUUGCGGACUGUCCCCGUCCACCGAGAGAAAGCCAUGCUAUGAUGAUGGUGCUGCGGCGGUUACUGAGGAAGCGCUGGGUGCUGGGAGUCGUCUUCGGACUGUCUCUCAUCUACUUUCUCACCAGCACCCUCAAACAGGAGGAGCGGACCAUACGGGACCGCACUCUCCUAGAGGUCAGAGAUUCGGACCAUCGCAUCCCGUGGAAAGUCCGCUUCACCCUGGGCAACAGCAGCCGGCAGAUGACGCAGUGCAGGAACUCCAUCCAGGGCAAGACGCUGCUCACGGACGAACUCGGUUACGUCUGCGAGAGGAAAGACUUGCUGGUCAACGGCUGCUGUAACGUCAACGCUCCCAGCUCCAGGCAGUACAUCUGUAAGAGUUGCCUGGCCAACGGCUGCUGCAGCAUCUACGAGUGCUGCGUGUCUUGCUGCCUGCAGCCCGAUAAGCAACUUCUCCUCGAGCGCUUCCUCAAUCGAGCGGCGGAAGGUUUCCAGAACCUCUUCACCGCCGUGGAGGAUCAUUUUGAGCUGUGCCUGGCCAAGUGUAGGACGUCUUCACAGAGUGUUCAACAUGAGAACACCUACCGAAACCCUCAAGCAAAGUACUGCUACGGAGAGAGUCCCCCAGAGCUCCUUCCCGUCUGAGCAUCGGACUUUCCUCCCGGGUUAAACGGUGGCGGCUCAAGAGGAGCGACGCGGCGUCGGACCCCUCGAGGUGCUCGGAGAGGAGACAAUGGACGAAAGCUGUAUUUCAUUUGAUUACUUACACUUCAUAAGUGCAUAGAACGCUUCAUACGUUCAUCCGUGAUGAUCACCGGGACGAGGAGGCUCUUCCAUCAGGAUUUGCCUCAAACUGGUUCAUGUCAUGAAAUAGGCUUCAUUUCAUAAUAUGCGUUAUAAUACAGCUGUUUUGUUAUUAAAAUACAAAGUACAGCAAAGACUGUGUCAUUACUUUUGUGUGUAGUGCAUGCAUAUGAACGUAUUUAAUAAAAGUGACAGUGAAGUUAAAUGGUGCUAUUUUAAAUUUGUCUGAUCGUACUUUUACAUUUUCUAAUAUAAGCUGUUGGCUUCUGGUGCAAAGAACAUUUUGACAUUGGCCUAUGAAUUUAGUUUAUGUAAAAUAAAGAGGUCAAAUGCUAAACAUUUAAAGCCAUCAGAGGUCUAAAGCAAAUCAUGAAUUUUAAAAUGUGUUGAGAAAGGUCAUGGGUUCAAUGUGCAAGAGAAAGAAGCAGCACGCAAACCUCCAAAUGUUUUGUUGUAUUGAGUGCAAGUCAAGGGUCAAACAAACAAAACACCAGAACUUAAAUGUAUUUAUUCUGUGCUCGACUAACCAUGUUUCAUCUCUAUUAUAGAUGUUUUUUUCCCACAAUAAAUUAAAAGACCUUUUA